UUAGAUUUGGCAUUUCCUCUUUAAGAGGAGCGAUGCAUGCUGGGAGAGAGAGGCUCACAUGGAGUCAGUGCUGGCUGCAUAGGACAUAUGUAGGAAGGACCUUACAAUCUUCUCCAGAUAUAUCUUUGUAGUAAGGAUGUGAAAGACAUGAACAGCGACCACCAUAAACAUAACAGCUGGAAUGUAGCAAGGCCUUUGCGGGAUGAUACAGAGCCGAUCAUAGACGCUAUUUGAGAGAUGAAUGCUUUCAGCCCACAUUGCACUGGAAGAUGCCUGAGUCUAUGGAAGUACAAAAUCCGUACAUUGAACACGCAUCUAUCUGCUCAGAAAUGGUUGGGAGGCGCGCUCUGUGGAAGUCGUGGCUUAUUGGAAAACAUCCAAUCUAUACAUCUGAACCAGGCUGUGCACUUUAGUAGUAAAAAGGAAAGAAUUGAUAUGUCCGAAUAUAGCACUGAAUAUAUUAGGAAUUUUAGUAUAAUAGCCCAUGUGGACCAUGGUAAAAGUACUCUUGCUGACAGACUGCUGGAAAUAACUGGGUGUAUACCUAAAGCCUCCUCCAAUAAGCAAGUUCUUGAUAAGCUUCAAGUGGAAAGAGAAAGAGGCAUUACAGUGAAGGCUCAGACUGCAUCGCUUUUUUACACUUAUGAAGGAAAAAAAUACCUCCUAAAUUUAAUCGACACACCCGGCCAUGUUGAUUUCAGCUAUGAAGUCUCUAGGUCUUUGUCUGCGUGUCAAGGUGUCAUACUCGUGGUUGAUGCAAAUGAGGGGAUUCAAGCACAGACUGUGGCAAACUUCUAUCUGGCUUUUGAAGCACAGCUUUCAAUUAUUCCUGUCAUAAACAAGAUCGACUUGAAAAAUGCAAAUCCAGAGAGAGUGGAGAAACAACUUGAAAAAAUGUUUGACAUUCCAGCAUGUGAUUGCGUUAGGAUCUCUGCAAAAUAUGGAACAAACGUGGAGAGCGUUCUUCAAGAAGUUGUUAAAAGACUCCCACCGCCAAGAAUUGAGAAGAACAGCCCUCUUAAAGCCCUGCUGUUUGACUCCAACUUUGAUCAUUAUAGAGGAGUGGUAGCCAAUAUUGCCCUCUUUGGUGGGGAGGUGAGCAAAGGCAACAAAAUUGUAGCUGCCCACUCUGGGAAGAGCUAUGAAGUGAAUGAGGUUGGCAUACUGACUCCCGGGGAACUGCCAGUUGAUAAAUUGUAUCCUGGUCAGGUGGGGUAUCUAGUAGCUGGAAUGAAAGAAGUACAGGAAGCACAAAUAGGAGACACGCUGUAUAUGUACAAGCAGCCAGUGGAGCCACUGCCGGGUUUUAAAGCUGCAAAGCCAAUGGUAUUUGCAGGCAUGUUUCCAGUGGACCAAUCAGAGUAUAGCAAUUUGAAAAGCGCCUUGGAGAAGCUGACGUUAAAUGAUUCCAGUGUGUCUGUUACCCGGGACAGCAGUGCAGCGCUUGGAGCUGGAUGGAGGUUGGGUUUUCUUGGGCUUCUACAUAUGGAGGUUUUUAACCAAAGGCUGGAGCAGGAAUACAAUGCGUCUGUCAUCAUGACAUCACCAACAGUCCCAUACAAGGCUGUGCUCACCUCUCCGAAACUUAUCAAGGAAUAUGGAGCAGAAGAAAUAACCAUUGUAAACCCCUGUGAAUUUCCUGAUAAGACUCUAGUGUCUGAAUAUCUUGAACCUAUGAUACUGGGCACAAUCAUUUCUCCGGAUGAGUACUUUGGAAAGAUAAUGUCACUUUGCCAGUCCCGACGUGCUGAACACAAAAGUUUUGUGUACAUUGAUGAGCACAGGAUCAUGGUGAAAUAUCUGUUUCCAUUAAAUGAAGUUGUGGUGGAUUUUUAUGAUAAUCUAAAGUCUCUGUCAUCUGGAUAUGCAAGUUUUGAUUAUGAGGAUGCUGGAUACCAAACGGCUGACCUGAUCAGAAUGGAUAUUUUAUUGAAUGGGCGUUCUGUGGAAGAAUUGGUGACUAUAGUACACAGGGAAAAAGCCUAUUCAGUUGGUAAAGCAAUCUGUGAAAGGUUACAGGAAUCUAUUCCCAGACAACUGUUUGAAAUUGCUGUACAAGCGGCUAUUGGAAGUAAGAUCAUCGCAAGAGAAACAAUUAAAGCCUACAGAAAGAAUGUUUUGGCAAAAUGUUAUGGCGGUGAUAUUACAAGAAAGAUGAAGCUCCUUAAGAGGCAAGCUGAAGGAAAAAAGAAAAUGAGGAAAAUUGGUAAUGUGGAAGUUCCCAAAGAUACAUUCAUCAAUGUGUUAAAAAGACAGCCGGACAAAUGACACGUCUAUAUUUUCUACAAAGAAUAUGAUACACUAGGCCAUGGUUCCUCCAGUGUUUAUCCUGUAUAACUCAUGUUUGAAAUUAAAGGGCAGGAUUAAAUUGGCCAAUCAUACUAUGGCGGUCCUUCCAAUGUGCUACAGUGCAUUGGGGUGAUAUUCCCAAUAAUUACCACUCCACAAUGCACAUAGAGCUGUAUGUUGUGGUAACACACAAGUCUAAAUGGCCCUAAAUGGUUGUAUUUUCUUGAAUUUUUUUGUACAAAUAAAAUUGAAGAACUCUCAUUUAA